CUUUUCUGUCCACACAAUCUCAAAACAAUCAAAAGAUUUUCGAUUAGGUAGUAGGGAGAAAUCGAACUUGUGUGGCAACAAAGUCCCUAAUAUUUGAUUUAAGAUAAUUAAGUUGCUUUCAUGGCCGAAUGUUCGCUCUGCGGCCGAACGGGAGAUAAGUGCGUGCUCUUAAAUCCAAGGUUAGCGCACGAGAAGUGAUCAUUCAGUGGGUGGAAACUCGGAACUUGGUGUCUUCAGUUUUGGGUGGUGGCAUUUGUUUACAGUGUGGCGAAGAUUUUACGUCUUGUGAAUUUCCCUUACGCAGGGGGGAUUGAUUUCGUAUUUUGUACCUGUGGAAGCAGCAAAACAAGUGCUAAACAGUGAAUUUGCGAUAACAAAUCGAAGGUGCUUCUCUUAUCAGCAAUCAACCUGUGCGGGCCAUGAAAGUGUGAGUGAGUGUGUGUGCCAUAUAGGUGUUUAUCAUGGAUUUCUAAAAUAUUGCGACGAUAGCAAGAGUUUGCUAAAAAAACUUUUUCGGUGGGAUAAGUACCUACCUAAGUAGGAAAUUAUGCGCUGGAUUGCCAAUCUGGACGGCGGUCCGAGGCGAGUGAACCAUGCCUCGGUGGCAGUGGGAGACUACAUCUACUCGUUCGGUGGCUAUUGCACUGGGGAGGAUUACCGAUCGACCUGCGCCAUCGAUGUCCACAUCCUGAACACAAACAACAUGCGGUGGUCCUUGGCUCCGACCAUGAAGGACGAGUACGGAGUCAUGUGCAAGUACCCGGACGUCCCAUUCCAGAGAUAUGGCCACACGGCCAUAGCAUACGAGCACAAAGUCUACAUCUGGGGAGGACGCAAUGACGAAAUAGUUUGUGAUAUACUGUUCUGCUUCGACACGAAGACCCUGAAGUGGAGUAAACCGUUGGCCACCGGUAAGGUUCCGGGGGCGAGAGAUGGUCACUCGGCGUGCCUCUACGGCAAUCGAAUGUACAUCUUCGGGGGCUUCGAGGAAAUGAUUGACAAAUUCUCCUGCGAUGUGCACUAUCUGGAUCUGGAGACGAUGCAUUGGACCUUCGUGGACACUCGUGGCGAUCCGCCUUCCUACAGGGACUUUCAUUCCGCCACCAUCGUGAACCACAAAAUGUUCGUGUUCGGAGGGCGCGGAGAUUCCUGGGGACCGUACCAUUCGCAGGAAGAGAUUUACUGCCCGAAGAUAGUCUGCCUGGACCUGAGAACGAAUCGGUGGGAAAUGCCCAAUACCACAGGCGAGGAACCCCUCGGGAGAAGAAGCCAUUCUGCAUUUGUAUUUAAAAACAAAAUCUACAUCUUUGGUGGCUACAAUGGCAAUCUGGACAUACAUUUCAACGAUCUCUACUGUUUCGACCCGGCGAUAUACGUGUGGAAGCUGGCACACCCCCGAGGACAGUCGCCGAGGGCACGGCGGCGGCAGUCCUGUCUGGUUAUAGGCCAGAGGAUGUACCUCUUUGGAGGCACAUGCCCAUCACACCAUUCGGACCCCGCUACGUACGACUACAGCGACACUCACGUCCUCGAUUUCAACCCGACGUUACGUACUCUUGCGAUGCUCAAAGUACAGGAACACAAACUGGACAGCACGUGCUUACCGAGAACUAUCAGGAUCGAGAUGCGCAAUAUGACCACCCCGAACAAGAUAAGUCGUUCGCUGGUGACCGGUUGAAGAAAAAAACGCAAUGACAUUCUAAAGCAAGAGAAUACCCCAUACAGUUCGGUGUGCUGGAAGUUAGAGUAAUGAUUUAUGGUCAUGCGCUUAGUAGUUUUAUUUCAGUGAAACUUGGUGGUACCAAUGAGUUAAUACGUAAUCGAGUUUUAUCCGUUGCUGAAUUAGGUGUACGGCUGCAAUAUUCCGGACCAGGAAUAAAACGAAACAUCGCGACGAUAUAUGUGUUUUUUUAUUAAUUUAUAGCUAACUUUACGAUCAUCAACAGAUAUGAUUGA